AAUCGUUAGUAAAAUUCUGCUGAUGACCAGGUAAUCAUUUUGGACGUAAAAAAAUCACAAAAGGAAAUGUUCUAAAGGAGUUCACCAAUCUGGCAACCUAGUUUCUGACAGUGUUGAAAGUUGAAGUUCAGUGCUGGUCAACGUCAAUAUUUACAGCACCAUUUCCCACUUGUUACUUAAUGAAAUAUAAUUUAAUUAAUUGAAAUGCUAGCCACACGCGUGUUCCGAUUGGUUCAUGACAAACGACUCAGCGUCCCCAUUCUGCGCUGCUUUCAUCACGAGUUCUCCAAACCGGAAUCACCAGCGACGCCGGCUAAAGAGAAGGAGGAAAAUUCCGGUCAUAAUCUAGUUGGAGGCGUUCAGAGCAAAUACAAAAUAUUCCGAGAUGAAAACUCCCCCGAGAUUUUCGAUGUGGAGGAGGCCCGGCACCAGGAGCACCUGCUAACGGAAGAGCCAGAAUUCGAGGAGGAUAAAUACUAUGGCUUGAAUUUAAAGAGAGGCGUCCAUGGAGUCUUCGACGUUGAGGACUUGGUGGAGCUUUUGCGGAAGGAGAACGUGGAUGACAUAUUUGUAUGCUCGGUUCCCGAGGACUUAAAAUACGUGGACCACCUGGUGGUCUGCAGUGGGCGCAGCUACCGGCACAUGCUCAGCACCGCGGAAUUCGUACGCCGGAUGUUUAAAAUCAAGCGAGUGAAGGGAGACAUUCUGCCUCGCAUUGAAGGUGGAAAGAGUCGCGAUUGGAUGGCCAUGGACUUGGGAAACAUCGCCUUGCACAUAUUUUCUCCGCAAGCCCGGGAAGAAUACGACCUGGAGUCAUUGUGGGCCAUUGGUUCCCAGUUCGACAGGGAGAGCCAGAAGCCGCACAAUCCGUAUGGCGACAUAUUCAUGGCCCAAACACCUCAGUUAGUGGAACCACUUAAUAAGGAGACAUGAAAUUGUUUGGCUUUACUAGUUUAAUAUAUACAAUUGAUCACCAGA